CAAGAACCUACUACACCUGCCAUGCGACUAGCCGCCAUGGAGACCUCCCCUCAUCUAAAGCUCUUCACGCUUGCCCUGCUACUAGCCUCGAUUCCCCACGCCAUGGCAGCACCACCCCCAUCCCUCCUGGAAGAACAGGCAGGCGCCCUCCUUGCCUGGAAAGCCACCAUACAGAGCCCCCCAGCCCAGCUCCAGUCUUGGGGAAACACCACAACACGGCCAUGCGGCUGGUACGGCAUCAAGUGCGGCAAGCAUCCAGCGAGGAACCAGGAGGUGGUGAUCACCGAGAUCACUCUUCGGGGGUUGCGGCUGAGGGCGAGGCUAGAGGCCCUCAACUUCACGGCGUUGCAUACUCUCACGAGUAUCCGACUUCCCUACAAUCAGAUAAGAGGCCCCUUUCCACCCGCUUUAGCAUCAUCCUUGCCAAACCUGCGGCACCUACUGCUCCAGGGGAAUAACAUUUCCGGUGAAAUACCAUGCCAAAUAAAACACCUAGAGAGUCUAGUGGGGCUGAACUUGUCAAAAAACCACUUGUCUAGUCAAAUACCCAUAGAAGUAGGAUACCUAAAGAAACUGAUCAGGCUAGAUUUUUUCAGCAACAACCUCACAGGCCCCAUUCCAAAAAGUCUAGUGAAUUGUACUAAACUCACUAUCUUGCACCUAUCGGCUAAUCAACUUUCUGGUUGCAUUCCUCCGGAAGUAGGUUACCUGGUGAAUUUACAACGGCUGGAUCUUAGCAACAACACACUCAUAGGUUCCAUUCCUGAUACCUUUAGAAAUUUGACAAAGCUCACUACCUUGUACCUACAUACUAACCAACUUUCUAGGUGUAUUCCCCCAGAACUAGGUUACUUGAUGAAUCUAGAAAAGUUGGAUCUUAGCAUAAACAAACUCAUGGGUCCCAUCCCCCAUGCCUUUGGAAAUUUGACCAAACUCACUACCUUAUACCUAAGGGGUAACCAACUCUCCGGCUAUAUUCCUCGAAAACUAGGCUAUCUUGUGAAUCUAGAAGGUUUGGGUCUUGGCAGAAACAAACUCGUGGGUUCCAUCCCCGGUGCCUUUGAAAAUUUGACAAAGCUCACUGGUUUGUACCUAUGGGAUAAUCAACUCUCCGGAUAUAUUCCUCGAGAACUAGGUUCCCUAUUGAAUCUAGAAGACUUUGAACUUCAACACAAUCAACUCAUGGGUUGCAUCCCCAAUAUGUUUGGAAAUUUGACCAAGCUCACUACAUUGCUCCUAUGGGGUAAUCAAUUCUCCGGGGGCAUUCCUCGAGAACUAGGUCACUUGGUGAAUCUGGAGAGCUUGGACCUUAGUGCAAACAAACUCAUGGGUUCCAUCCCCAAUGCCUUUGGAAAUUUGACCAAGCUCCCUAUCUUGAACCUAUUUAAUAACCAACUCUCCGGACAUGUUCCUCGAGAACUAGGUUCCCUGGUAAAUCUAGAAGUGUUGGGUCUUAACAACAACACACUGAUGGGUUCCAUCCCCAAUACCUUUGGAAAUUUGACCAAGCUCACUAGCUUGCUCCUAUGGGGUAACCAAUUCUCAGGGGGCAUUCCUCAAGAACUAGGUCACUUGGUGAAUCUGGAAAGCUUGGACCUUAGUGCAAACAAACUCAUGGGUUCCAUCCCCAAUGCCUUUGGAAAUUUGACCAAGCUCCCUAUCUUGAACCUAUUUAAUAACCAACUCUCCGGACAUGUUCCUCGAGAACUAGGUUCCCUGGUAAAUCUAGAAGUGUUGGGUCUUAACAACAACACACUGAUGGGUUCCAUCCCCAAUACCUUUGGAAAUUUGACCAAGCUCACUAGCUUGCUCCUAUGGGGUAACCAAUUCUCAGGGGGCAUUCCUCAAGAACUAGGUCACUUGGUGAAUCUGGAAAGCUUGGACCUUAGUGCAAACAAACUCAUGGGUUCCAUCCCCAAUGCCUUUGGAAAUUUGACCAAGCUCCCUAUCUUGAACCUAUUUAAUAACCAACUCUCCGGACAUGUUCCUCGAGAACUAGGUUCCCUGGUAAAUCUAGAAGUGUUGGGUCUUAACAACAACACACUGAUGGGUUCCAUCCCCAAUACCUUUGGAAAUUUGACCAAGCUCACUAGCUUGCUCCUAUGGGGUAACCAAUUCUCAGGGGGCAUUCCUCAAGAACUAGGUCACUUGGUGAAUCUGGAAAGCUUGGACCUUAGUGCAAACAAACUCAUGGGUUCCAUCCCCAAUGCCUUUGGAAAUUUGACCAAGCUCCCUAUCUUGAACCUAUUUAAUAACCAACUCUCCGGACAUGUUCCUCGAGAACUAGGUUCCCUGGUAAAUCUAGAAGUGUUGGGUCUUAACAACAACACACUGAUGGGUUCCAUCCCCAAUACCUUUGGAAAUUUGACCAAGCUCACUAGCUUGCUCCUAUGGGGUAACCAAUUCUCAGGGGGCAUUCCUCAAGAACUAGGUCACUUGGUGAAUCUGGAAAGCUUGGACCUUAGUGCAAACAAACUCAUGGGUUCCAUCCCCAAUGCCUUUGGAAAUUUGACCAAGCUCCCUACCUUGCAAUUAUGGCGUAACCAACUUUCCGGUUGUAUUCCUCGAGAGCUAGGUUCCCUUGUGAGUCUAGAAGACUUGGACCUUAGCACAAACAAACUCACUGGUUCCAUCCCUAAUACAUUAGGAAAUUUGACCAAGCUCACUACUUUAUACCUCAAUGAUAAUCAGUUCUACGGGCAUGUUCCAAAAGAAACUGGUAGCUUAAUGAAUCUCAAAUAUCUACAAAUUGAUGGUAACAAUCUCUCUGGUCCAUUGCCACCUGAUUUGUGCGCUGGUGGCAUGCUCAAGAGAUUAACUGCACAUGGAAACAAUCUCAACGGACCUCUGCCAUCAAGUUUAGUAAAUUGCAAAAGCCUAGUUAGAGUUCGUCUUGAAAGCAAUAAAAUUGAAGGAGAUAUUUCUGAGAUGGGAGUUUAUCCAAAUCUGGUCUACAUAGAUAUGAGCUCAAAUAAAUUGUUUGGUCAAUUAUCUUAUCACUGGGGAGGAUGUCAUAAUCUUACAAUGCUAAGAAUCUCAAACAACAACCUUGCCGGGGAAAUACCGACAAGUUUGGGGCAACUAUCUGGACUAAGGAUACUUGAUCUUUCGUCAAACAAGCUUGAAGGAGAGAUUCCAAGUGCACUAGGCAAUCUAAGAGAAUUGUUCAACCUGAGCCUCGCGGUCAAUUUGUUCCAUGGUAGCAUUCCACGAGAAAUUGGUGCAAUGUCGAGUUUGGAAUUACUGGAUUUGUCAUCAAAUAACCUUAAUGGUUUGGCGCAAGACUCAAUCAAGAAUUGUUUGAGGCUUCGCCUUUUGAAGUUGAAUAACAAUAACUUCAAAGGAAACAUCCCCGCCGAGCUAGGCUUAUUGCGCAACCUACAUGACCUAUUGGAUUUAAGUGAAAAUUCAUUUACUGGGGCAAUACCAAGCCAACUUAGUGGUUUGGUCAUGCUAGAUACUCUUAAUCUGUCACACAAUGAACUUAAUGGCUCCAUCCCGUCAUCAUUUCAAUAUAUGAGAAGCUUGACAACCAUUGAUCUAUCUUACAAUGAAUUGGAGGGGCCGGUACCGGAUAGUAAGGUCUUCCAAGGAGCUUCAGUCCAGCAGUUCAUGCAUAAUAAGAUGUUAUGUGGUGUGGUGAAAGGAUUGCCCCCUUGCAAUAGUGCAAUUCAGAGCAGAGGGGGUAGGGAGGGAUACAAAAUACUUGUAUUAGCCACCGUUCCUGCCCUUAUAUCUCUUGUUGUUGUUGCGGUGCUAUUGAUGUUUUGUCAUGAAAGAAAGAAACCCAAGGAAACGAACACUGAUAAAGUAACGCAAGCAAUUACCUUCUCUAUUUGGAGUGUUGAUGGGGCAAAUGUUUUCAAGCAAAUCAUUGAAGCAACCAACAAUUUUAGCGAGAUGCACUGCAUAGGAAUUGGGGGUUAUGGAUCUGUCUACAAAGCUAAACUUGCAACACGUGAAAUAUUUGCAGUGAAGAAGAUACAUAUGAUAGAAGAUGGGUGUUGCUUGAAUGAGACGGUAUUCAAUCGUGAAAUCGAGUCACUGAUGAAGAUUCGUCAUCGAAACAUCAUAAAAUUGUUUGGGUAUUGUUCGUCUAGCCAAGGUAGAUUCCUUAUCUAUGAAUACAUGGAGGGAGGAGACCUGGCAAAAACACUGAAGGACAAUAAAAGGGCAAUUGAAUUGGACUGGAGAAGGCGGAUACAUAUCAUGUUGGAUGUGGUUCAUGCAUUGGCAUACAUGCAUCAUGAUUGCUCAACACCAAUAGUCCAUCGAGAUAUAACGAGCAACAACAUUUUGCUUAAUCUAGAAUUUAGAGCAUGCAUAUCUGACUUCGGUACAGCAAAAAUUCUCAAUAUUGAUGGCCGAAAUCACACAAGGCUUGCUGGGACGAAAGGCUAUCUUGCCCCAGAGCUAGCAUAUACAGAAAAUAUGACGGAGAAAUGUGAUGUAUACAGCUUUGGAGUGCUUGUUUUGGAGCUAUUUAUGGGAUCUCAUCCAGGCGAUUUUCUCUCAUCCCUCUCGUUGGCCAACAAGAUCAAUGUUGUGUGCCUGCAGGAUUUGCUGGACCCCAGGCUUGUGAUUCCAGAUGCUGAGACUGCUAGAAGAAUAUAUUGCAUGCUUAGUGUCGCAGCUCAGUGUCUGGAGCCACGUCCAUCACACAGGCCAACAGCACGACAAGCCAGUGAUGAGCUAUCUACGACUAAAGCUUGUGGAGAUCAUGUUGAUUAUUUGCAUGCUGGUAUUACCUUUCCUGCAUUGUAGUGCCUUUAUGGUCAGCCUAAUGGGCGACGAAUCCGCAUCAUGCGGUUUCUUCUCUACCGACCUAUUUGUUUCAAAAAAGUGUUGUUUUCUCUGUAACUGAUAUAUAUGGAACUAGCGAACUUGUACUGAUGCACCAUUAUAAACCCCUGUGGCUUGAUUUUAACAUCGUACAAAGAGACAAUUCACUAGGGCUGUCGAGCAGGUGUUCCACAAGGAGUUCAUCCGCGUGGCCGGGACAAGCUGCGUGCUGACGGUCGCGCAUUCCGACAACCUAACCUUGUGCGAUCAGGUGAGGUUGUUGAGCAGGACGGAUGUGUUCAUCUCAGCGCACGGGGCGCAGAUGACGAACCUAGUGUUCAUGGACCGGAAGAGCAGCAUCAUGGAGUUGUACCUGAUGGGAUGGAGGCAGUUCGUGUUCCAUGCGGGGAUGCGGCAUGAAGGCUCGUGGUGGGACCCCGCCGGUGACCCAUGCCCCGACGGCAACCCGGACAUCUUCAGCUGCUACAAGAACCGGUGGAUCGGGAUGGACGAGGCUGCCUUCACCGAGUUUGCAGCCAAGGUCUUCGCCGCUAACAAAGGCGCGGCGAGGCGAGGGCAAGAAGCGGGAACUAAUUGCAAAUGCAGCUAGCCAGCCCUCCCUCUAUUUUUGUGGUAAUUAAGAAUAGGCCCCUUUUUCUUGCAACAAUGAGAUCAGAGCCAUCAAAACGAGCGCAAUUGGGAUUGCAACUAUUCUCCUUGUCUUGUUUUCAUGGGAAUUGCUAGGAUGGGCGCUGAGGUUGGGAUUGCCAGGUGACCUUGACGUUGACGUCCAGUCUGAAGGCGGGCAGCGGCCUGCCAGAUUAUUUUUAGAUACAUCCAGCUUCUUCAGCAAUCUGAGCUCCAUUAGGCUGGAGGGCACCUGGUCUGUCAAGUUGUUGCCAUUCAACCUUAUAGCCGAGAGCAUAUGUAGUAAGAUUUCCAAGACUGCUGCUAAUACUUUCCUUGAGGCCA